AUGGUUAAACUCAUCGACUACCCGGUGUCGGAGGACAUCCAAAAGUCCUACACGUCCUUCGUAAAGACAGUUGAGCAGAGCUUCACCCCUGAACACUCCACCGAGGAUCCGGAUCCCGUUCUCCUUGAGGCAUUCCAGAAUCUUACUUUGACCGCCGAAGGCUAUAUCGAAUACAGUAACGAACAUGACUCCGCAGAAGACUGGAACGAUCCUUCUACCACAGAGAACAAUGUGUUCCUAGACAUGAUCAGUAUAUGCACGGUGUAUCAGCAGAGAACAUUGGCCGAUGGCGAAUUCUCCAAAUUGGCAAGAGCUGGUAUGCAAUGCAUGAAGCAUGCCUACGACCCUCCGCCGCUGGACAUGCUCUCCUAUCCACCCCUGCCGGACUCAUUAUUGACUGUGUACCGUCACAUGGGAUACACUCCGAUCGAAGAUGCCGUCUUCUUCGAUCUCGUUCUUUCAUACGAGAACGCCUGUUUCUGGAAUGCGUGGGGCAGCCGCGAUGACCAUUGCUGCAACAGAGCGAGAGAUUCGGAUGACUCGGAUGAAGAUUACUGGGAUGACUGGGAAUGCCCAUGUCAGUGUAUGUAUUGCGUGGAUGAGUCUGCGUACAUACACGGACUUGAGGAAUGGCGGACUUUCCCCACAGCCAUCACCCACAUGGACUGGUUCAUGGACGGAUUUAAAGAAGUUCGGGACUAUAUCUUUGACGAUUUCCGCAUGACUUGCAGCUCGUAUUUGGAGUAUACCAACGACUUCGACAACUGGAACGACCCGGAAAUCGCCGCAUUCCGCGAGUUUUCCGAGGUGGUCGAAUACACAACGUACGUCUGUCCGGACUGGUUCCAGAAGUUCCUCAACUUACCUGGAGAGCUCCGCGAGUCCAUCAUGCACGAGUAUGCCUUGAUGGAGUGUGAUGCUGGUCGCCUGAGCGAGCAUCAGCACUACGACGAAUUCAGCAAUCCGUGCUGCAAGUGGGAGUAUCCCAACGUGCUCAUCGCUUGCGACAACCAGAAUCCAAAGGUCUUUCCGGACGCUAGCACGGGCCGUUGCCCAAAGGGUUGGCUACCAAACCUCGCUUUCGUGAGCCACAAGAUGCAUGAGGAAGUUCUCGUCCUGAUGCUGCAGAGGACCAAGCGAUUCGAUUUGAAGUACAUGUUCCGAAACACUAACUUCAAGAUCGCGACUUGGUUUACCAAGUUCAUAAAGGCGAUUCCUGGUGGCGGCGGCGAGAACGCGGUGAAGCACCUCAACUUCCCGCACAUGCAUUGGUUCAACCACCAACGCAUCCCACCAGCCCUCACCAACGCCAGCUUUGAGUUAGCUGUCGCUUGCAAGAACCUUCGCAAGCUCGACAUGACCUUUCAUGUCGAUAAGGUGACUUUCAGCAGUGCGGAGACCGACUGGGAACGCACGGCACUUCCUCUGGCUACAGUCAUCGACCGAUUCAAGCUGGAGACAAUUCUCGGCUGUACCAAGUUGGAGGAGGUGUAUAUCGAUGGCAUAUACAUGCGACCAUCUCGAGGCGGCAAGGAGGCCGAUCUAGAUGUGCUAGAGGAAGUAAGCAAGUGGAUGAUGAAGAGCUUCCUCGUUCAGCGGAAUCCGGUGCGCGGUAUCCAAGUCGAGUUGGUCCGCCGAUGGGGAUGCUGGAGGGGACGUGUUCGCGGGACCCUGGUUGAGCUGGACGAUAAAGAUAUGGCGGAAGUGAAGUCGCGCAUUGAGAUGAAGAGCGCAUUAUCAAAAGCCCUUGUUAAGGCUGGACCUGCUAUAACUGUCUAG